CAGAGAUUCGAGAACCACACAUAUUCUUGAUCUAAUGGUUUUACUUCUUGUACCAACCUUUCUCUUAAUCAUUUACUAAUACGCAUGCUCAUUCGACGGGCUGCACGACAACAAUGCUCAGCUGGGUGCUGAACCGCGGCGCAGCUUCUUCUGGCGCGUCCAGAGAACCAGAUGACACGCUCGCGGACAUAGACCAGCCCGAUACGCCCGCUCCCGUCUUUGCGGCUCGAGCCCUCAAAGCGGCCAUAUUUGGCACUCCUGCGCCCGCCCCAGCACAUACAAAAAACCACUCAAGCAAGAAUAGGCAUUCUUUAGAGCUACGAAACACAGAUACUGUCUCCGCCAGGAGCUCUACGGCAUCAGAAAUGCCGAUUAGCACACCUAGCAAGCAACCGCAAGGUAUUCUGCUCACGCCAGGUGUCGGGACAGCGCGCCGAAAACGCGUCUCCUUCGGUCGCGAUGUGGCCGCUGCCGACUCAGACAAGAAUACCACGUCGGAUGGCUUACUUUCGUCGCUCGCAACAUCAAGCCACGAAAUUAACGAUACACGAAGACCGCGAACGUCCCUGACGGAGAAAUUGGAAAAGUCGCGACAGCUGCAGCCGAAAUCACAAGACUAUGAGUUUUAUACUACGAAACCGGGAAAUUCGACUAAGAAGCAACAAUCAACAGAGCCGGAGGAUGGUAACUGGGAAGAGGUCAUCGAGGACGACGAUGACGACCUGGACCGCGAUAGAGACGUGACAGUCGACCUCAACGAACCACACUCGCGAUCCGGGAGAUAUUGGAAGACCGAAUACCAGCGCUACCAUGAUGAGGCUCGUGCCGAAAUGGAGAAGCUGGUCAAAUACAAGCAGCUUGCCAAGGCAUACGCUAAGAACAAGGAUGCCGAAGCUAUGCGACUGAAGGAACGCUUGUCUGAGGAGCAGGCCAGGGUUGCGGAGAUGGAGGCCAAGGUUGGCGAGUUGACGCGCCAGAUUGCGAUCAGGGUCAGCAAUAGCGGCGGUUCAAUGCAAGAGGACGCCGAGGUCAUUCGCGACUUGGCAAAACAGACUACACUAGCAACGCAGUAUCGAACACAGGUCAAGGAGCUCGAGGCCCUUGUCAAGAAAGGCCUGGACAAAGGCUUCUCGGACCAUGGUGACGAUGGCAACGGACUACGGGCGGUAUCUCCUCGAACCAGUCAGACCCUCAUGGAAACGCAGCGACAGCUCAAGCGGGCCAGGGAUCAGGUCCAGGAGUUGGGCGGGCUGAAGAACGAACACAGAAAACUCAAGACCGACCUUCGAGCUGCUGAGAAGCGUGCCCAAGAGCUGGAUCUUGCCAAGGACAGGGUUGAGGCCGAUCUAAGCGCCGCCAACACCGAGAACAAAGAGUUGACUGCAAAACUAGCAUUGGUCGAGGAGCGGGCUCGUCGCAAGGCAGAGGCCCUUGACAAGCUGCAGGAAGACUACGAAAAGCUGCGCGAGGAAUCUAGACGGACCACCAGAGAGAACAGAGCAGCAAUGCGAGCCAAGGACGAUGAGAUUUCUCGUCUGAAGAAGCUUCUCGACAAGAGUUCAGAUGUCCAGAUAUCAUCAGAACGAGCUAGCGAGGAUCUUAACGCGCCAUACUCGACAGAUGCACCAAAUGCGGACUGGACGCUGAAUGUAACCCAACUGGGAGACGUGGAAGGUCGCCCGGAAAUUCAACGUGCAAACAGCGGCAAGCGUCAAGAUGCGGCCAAGGAACCUGGUGCCGAUAUUACCAACGAUACUUCUGGCUGGACUGCAAGGCUUGAUCAGCUGGAUAAGGAACUGAAGCUGGCCUCGCCGAGAUACGAAGAGCCCAAAGCCGAGGUUGCUGCCAAAGUGACAGCUGUAGACGACGACGCCCUCACGACAGACUCGUUACACAUCGACAAGAACGACUUUACUCAGCGACUCAACAUGUUGGAGCAGCAUGUUUAUCCCGCGGAUACAAAACCGUCAGCGAGAGACAGUCGUGCAGCACGAAGAGACGCGACGAGGGCGACAGGAGCCGAGGACCGCAGGCAUAUCAGUACAGUUGUUGAGGAAGAUUCUGGUUGGACUGCCGGCGAGUCUCCAAUUCGAGACCGACUCCGAUCGAGGUCACAGUCAAGACAGCGUCCUGCUGCAGCCUCAGCAGCCUCCACGCCCCCUCGGGCAACAAUGGCAGCUCGACGGAAAUCAGCGUCCGCUCUAGCGGAGCGCAAGACAAGCGAGGAGGAUAAUUUCACGUUCGACAUCAACGAUGACGACUUUACAAAGCCUCUCGGCCGCUCAUCGGACAACAUGUUGAACGACCCCGAGGCUACACCUCGUGCUGCCGCUACCGGUUCCAAACGACCGGCGGUCUCCGUGCUCGAUAGACGGGUGAGCGUCGCUGACAUCCCUGCCUCGAGCGCUCGAACGCGUAGCUACGAAAUCAAAAACAACCGACCUUCGUCAUCGUCUUCGGAUGAGGACAUGAACAUCGACCUUCUAAGCAAUAAAUUUGCGCGACUUGGAGCGGCGGCCAACAGCAAGCAGCCCCAUCCCAUGGACGAUAGCGUCGUCGAGGCGUGGAGGACGAUGAACACGUCGAUGCGCAGCACUGCAUCGACCCUCCCUCCCGGAAGGCACGCUGCAGCUAUGGCUAGACUUGAGAAGCGGAGGGCGGACCGAAGAAGGCGCGGUGCCCAGGGGUUUGAUAAGGAGAAUGUGCGGCCAUGAGUGAGUCGUGGUGUGUUUUAGUUGGGCUGAUGCAUAUGUCAUCACUGGUGCCAAAGGUUGCAUGGUGCAUGAGUUGUCCGAGUUCUAGAGCUAAGAUGGCAGCAUCCCAUCUGGUGAUUGUGUUUGUUGUUUUCUGUUGAUACCUAAGCCUGUUUGAUGGAUUUGUUGUAUCAGGGAUGAGUUUAAGUUGCAUUGUUUGGCGUUUGGAAGAAUGGGCACAGAACAGAAAUUAAAUUCAUGUUUUGAGUGUUACUUGCGAUUCGUGUUAGUUGCCGUGGGCUGAUGGACGAUAUAGUCCAUCUAGACUAGACUAGACCGAGGUCUGGUGUUUCGAC